AUGCAAAUCCCCGGUGACAAACAUGCGUUGGACUUUCGAAUGAAAGCACCAACCUUCAAGAAGAUGGUUCACCGCGUCCUGGAUCUCGUCGAGCCUGUCUUGUACCAGCACUACGUCAAGCCACUGCCAAUGACCGACCAAGUGCGCAAAGGACACGUGUUCAGCAACUUCCCUUCGGCAUUGUAUUGCACCGACGUAAAGUUCCAGCCAUCCUACCGCCCAACUGGUCGCUUCGACGAGGCCAAAUACUACUUCUGUGGAAAGCAUAAGGUAUAUGGCCUCAAGCUCGAGUGCUCCGUUGCUUACCCUGGCGUUGCUGUGGCUUUGUCAGACCAUUGCCCUGACUCCGUUUCCUACGUCACAAUGUUCUUUCAACGCAGCGAGAUUCAUCUGUCCAUGCCCAUGAAGUCACCGACCGAGCUGGACAUGCCCAACAACGACGAGGGGCGUCAAUUUCGAUCCGUCCAGCCGAAGCGCCGACCGCAAGGGGGAUUUCUUACGCCGCGUGAACUCGAGCGCAACGGCAGGGUGUCCUCUGAUCGUGUCCUGGUGGAGAAUUACUUUGGGCACCCGUGCAGUCUCUGGAAGAUUAUGGCCACCACCUACAAGUGGAACGAGUCCAAGUUUGAUCGAGUAUCGCGUAUUUGCUGUGCUUUGACCAAUGCGAACGUGUCGUGGACGCCCCUGUGUGGGAAGGAUGGAAGAGGAGCCGCAAUCAAGUGCAAUACCGAGCUCGACGCGCGAGACGACUUGAAGCAGUUUCGCAUCAAAUCGACCGGCGCUGGUCAAGUGGCAGAGUGGGCCGUAUGGCUUGGCAAGGCGUUUGAAGAGGAGCCUCAAGACCUGGAAGUGCUCAAGAAGCGUUUGAAGACGGCGAUCCAGUUCGACACGACAAUCCUGAACCCCGCCUCGCGCAUUGGCAAGAUGCUUGACAACCUGAUGCGAGACUUGGAGCGCGACGACCAAGCGCGAUCAAACCGCUUGGCCUCCAGAAGUCUGUUCAACGCCAGCUGGUCCUCCAACUCAACAAGCCACGAGAAGACUUCGGCACCGCCUGCGACAGCAGUCGCAGCGCCAUCGGUGCCCUCCAAGCCUCGACGAUCGGAAGGCAGCAGUGGCAGCAGCAGUGGACCUCCCCGGCGCGCCCCAGCUCCCGGGCAAGACAGCGCGAAAUACGACCGCAAGAAGGCAACCUGUGGCGAAUCUGAGCAUGGGCAAGUGGGAGAGCGUGCGCAACAAGAAGGUGACCAAGCUUCAAGGCAGCGCAAACAAUCCCUCGGCCGCGAAGCCAAGAUAGAAGGCAUCGUGUCCGUCACGACGACCCUCCUCGACACCGGCUCCGACGUUACCUUGGUGACAGCCGACCUCAUGAAGUCCCUGGAGCGAGCCGGCGUGGAAGUCAAGGUGAUUUCGCCGGAGCCAUCCGUGAUCCAGCCGAAUGGGUCAAGCACCUGUCCUCAAGGUCGACCGCCAAGUGUAAUUCAAGUUGGUCACCCUCGACACAACCUGUGGACCUUUGGCCUUGCGUGGACUCAAGGCCUGGGUGGACUCUUUCUCAAACGAGGCAAAGCUCCUGACCAGCCGGAUGAGUUGCUCAGCCACUCCUUUGUCAAGCAAGAAGUCUGGGAUGUCAGCAACGUGGACAAGUGGCCGCCUCAAGCGACGAGUGCGGUGAUGACGGCAUGCACUGUGCCACCCCCAACAUCCAAGUCCCAUAUGCUAAAGACACAGAAAGCGAGCGAAACAGGCGGUGAGCGGUGGUUGAAGCGGUGA